AUGAGUCAUCACGAUCUAGAAAAGGGUGGCUCUACAUCAUCAACUUCAAACUCAUUACAUCACAACACUGCUGUUGCAGCACCACCACAUUCCAACGCCAUAUCCCCAUCACAAUCAACACCAUUCAGCAUCAAAGAAAAACAACAAGAUACCAAUUUUAUACAAGAUGACGACCUUUUCCUUCGUGAAGAUGAAUCUGAAGAAGAUGGAUCAGUCAACGAAAUCAAACGUGGUUUAAAAGCACGUCAUGUAUCAAUGAUUGCUCUAGGUGGUACUAUUGGUACUGGUCUUUUCAUUUCUACAGGAAGCACAUUAAAUCAAGCUGGACCUGUUUUAUCACUUAUAUCGUUCUUGUUUAUGACAACAAUUGCAUUUUCAGUUACUCAAUCCUUGGGUGAAAUGGCAACAUUGAUUCCGGUCUCGGGUUCUUUUGCUCAAUUCGUCACUAGGUGGAUUUCGAAAUCUGCUGGUGCAGCAAAUGGUUGGUUGUAUUGGUUCAGUUGGGCCAUUACUUUUGCGUUAGAAUUGUCGGUUAUUGGACAAGUUAUAGAGUACUGGACUGAUGCUGUACCAUUAGCAGCAUGGAUUAGUAUUUUUUUUGUCAUUAUUACUGUGUUCAACUUCUUCCCCGUCAAGUUUUAUGGUGAGGUUGAAUUUUGGGUGGCUUCAAUUAAAGUGUUGGCUGUGUUUGGAUGGAUCAUUUAUGCCUUAUGUAUGGUUUGUGGAGCUGGUAAAACUGGUCCCGUUGGGUUCAGGUACUGGAGAAAUGGAUAUGCAUGGGGUGAUGGUAUUUUGGUUUCUGAUACUGCAACAAAGAGAUUUCUCGGUUGGUUAUCUUCAUUAAUCAAUGCAGCAUUCACUUUCCAAGGUACUGAAUUGACGGGUAUUUCCGCUGGUGAAUCCGCUAAUCCACGUCGUACAGUGCCACGUGCUAUUAAAAAGGUGUUGUUUCGUAUUUUGAUUUUUUACGUCUUGUGCAUGUUUUUCAUUGGAUUAUUGGUUCCUUAUAAUGAUCCUAAAUUGACUGGUGGUAGUUAUACUUCAAAUUCACCUUUCAUCAUCGCCAUGAAUAACUCAGGAACUAAAGUGUUGCCUCAUAUUUUCAAUGCUGUCAUUGUCACAACAAUUAUUUCCGCCGCUAACUCAAAUGUUUAUUGCGGAUCACGUAUUGUUUAUGGUUUAGCUGAAGCUGGGGUUGCUCCUAAAUUUUUCCUCAAGACUAAUCGUGGUGGUGUCCCGUAUUUAGCAGUUAGUUUAACUGCUGCAUUUGGUGCAUUGGGUUACUUGGCCGUGUCUGAGAGUGGUGAAAAUGCAUUCACUUGGUUAUUAAACAUUUCAUCAACUGCUGGUUUGAUUUGUUGGGGUUUCAUUUCCGCAAGUCAUAUUAGAUUCAUAAAAGUAUUGAAAAGAAGAGGAAUAAGUCGUGAUUCAUUACCUUAUAAAGCCAUGUUUAUGCCUGUUGCUGCUUACUAUGCUUGUUUCUUCAUCUUUUUGAUUACUUUGGUCCAAGGAUUCCAAGCUUUCUUCAAUGGAUUUGAUGUCACUGAUUUUUUUACGGCUUAUGUGUCGGUAAUUUUCUUUGUUGUAUUGUGGAUUGGAUUCCAAUUAUUUUUCCAUGGUUUCAGUUUAUCUUGGAAAGAUUAUUUUGUUCCUUUGGAUGAUUGCGAUAUUGAUAGUGGUGUUAGAGAAAUUGAUGAAAUGGAAUGGGAAUCUACUGAACCUAGAAACUUGUGGGAGAAAUUCUGGGAUAUUGUUGCAUAG